AUGGAGAAGUAUGUCAUCAACGGUCAGAUUGGCGAAGGAGCGCAAGGCUUAGUUCUGAAAGCGCGCGAUACAUCCACGGAUCAGGAAGUGGCGCUAAAGAAGAUUAUGAUUAAAAGGACCGAGGGCGGACUACCUGCGUCCAUCAUACGCGAAGUGAAAAGUUUGCAGCAAUUAAAGCAUCCCUACGUCGUGGAGCUGCUGGAUGCUUUCCCGAACGGUCUGGACUUCGUGAUGGUGUUCGAAUACAUGCCAACAGGUUUAUGGGAAGUGUUAAGAGAUCCCGAGAUAUCCUUGACGCUGGCGCAAAUUAAAACAUACAUGAAAAUGUUGUUGGAGGGUGUAGCUUAUGUGCAUGGCAAGAAAAUAAUACACAGGGAUUUGAAACCUGCGAAUUUGUUGAUCAGCGAGAAGGGUAUUCUGAAAAUCGCGGAUUUCGGAUUGAGUAGAUUGAUGUGGCGGGAUGGCACGAAGCCGUAUUCGCAUCAAGUCGCCACACGGUGGUAUCGGGCACCGGAACUGCUUUACGGGGCACGUUAUUACUCGUCCGCGAUCGAUAUUUGGUCGAUCGGCUGCAUAUUCGGCGAAAUGCUGAACGCUUCCCCACUAUUUCCGGGUGAAACUGACAUCGAGCAACUGGCCAUCGUCUUGAAGUAUUUGGGUUCUCCUACGUCCGAAUCCUGGCCCGAAUUAAGUACGUUACCGGACUACAACAAAAUCACCUUUCCUUAUCACAAAGGCACGACGUGGGAGAGCAUUGUUCAAGACGCGCCGCCAGAAGCUGUCGAUCUAAUCAGGCAAAUUUUGAUUUAUAAUUCGUCCAGACGUCUCACAGCUGAACAGGCAUUGUGUCAUAUAUACUUUUACUCCAAGCCAUACCCCUCUAUGAAAAAUCUAAUAAAACCACCGUUAGAUCAUCGCCUUCGUGUAAAACCGAAGAAAAUCGAUCCGCAUGUGCAACCAAGCAUGCUUUUCGAAAAUCUUCUAAGCAUUGUAUAACGAUGGCUGUUACGAUGAUUAAUGGUAUACAAUUGAAUGAUUUCAUUUAAUUUCCAUUCCUGUAAAAUGCAAGUAUUCUUCUGAAUACCUCCGGAUUGUAUCCCUCGACUACUGGCCUGCCAACGUC